GUUUUGGGAUAUCAUCCUUUAUAUUUCAUAAAAGAAAGGUAGAUAAAAAUUAAGAUGCGAUAUUUUUUUUAAAUCAACAUAUACUUUUACAUAGUACAUUGUACACCCCCGCCUUAAGGUGUCUUAAGGACCCGGUUUAACAAUAGAAUUCUUCCCAUAUACUCACUACGUAGCAAAUAAAAAAUUUAUAUCGCACUGUAUCUUGCCUCAAUUUUCAUAUGAUUGGUCUCACAUACCUACAAUGUUGCUCUUUAUAAUCCCAUACUACCACAUUAACUGUUUUUGCAACGAAACUGCUGCCACUUUUAACAUCACGUUUAAAAUUCGCUGUUAAUGGUCGCCAUGUUAAUGAUAAAAUAUGAGACAUUCCGAGUGCGAUUUCCAACAAAAUGGCAGGCAAACUCAAAUGAGUAUUUAAAAAAAUGCCUUGGUACGACUCAUUAAAUGGAUAUUUUGUGGACUAAACUACAUAUGCAAGUUCAAAAAGGUUCGUAAUGUAUAAAAAUGUGUUUUUCCCCCGCAGAUUAUUUUUAACAGAGUUAAAAUUGACGCGAAGCUGAUCGGCUUCGCUGCUGCUACAUUGCAAGUAUAUGGGAUGAAUUCUUACUGUGACCUGAGCAUAGCCUGGUCACGUUGAAUUUAGGUGGACAGUAUGUAAACUGAUAAUGGCUGAGGGGAGAUACAAUCUCAGAAGCCGCCGAAAAAUGGUUCCCAACACCCCUGACCUACUUACCCAGACCCCUCCGUCUGACCACACCCCCUCUGUACCACAGCACAAGGCCAAGUCAAGUAAUGUGAUUGAGCUCAAAGGAAUCAUUCCCCAAGGCAAUGGCCACUUUGGCAGGGGAGAGGGUGAUGUUUACAUUGGUUCGGAGGAGGAAGAGACAGUGUUUGAGCAGACCAGUCUAACCCAGCCAUUGUUAUCAGAGGAGUCGCCAAGUGAUGGAGAAACAAGGGUUAAAGAAUCUGAAGUGCAGCUAAAGGAGAAGGAUGAGGGCUCUUUCAGUAUUGCACUGCAAGUCUUCAUUCCGUACAUUAUUGCUGGAUUUGGAACUGUAGGGGCUGGCAUGGUCCUUGAUGUUGUUCAGCACACAGAUGUUUUUGUGCAAGUUUCUGAGAUUUUUAUUUUGGUUCCUUCUUUGCUUGGAUUAAAAGGAAACUUGGAGAUGACAUUAGCUUCCAGGCUUUCAACACAGGCAAAUUUAGGGAACAUGGAUAAAAAGUCAGAGCAAUGGAAAAUGAUUGGAGGAAACAUGGCCCUUGUACAGUGCCAAGCUAUAGUGGUGGGUUUUUUAGCUUCAGUUGUUGCCAUGAUAAUGGGAUGGAUUCCAGAGGGGAAGUUUAACAUCCAUCAUGGACUUUUGCUGUGUGCCAGCAGUGUGCUGACUGCCGCUGUAGCUAGCUUUGUUCUAGGUGCUUUAAUGGUUUUUGUGAUCUUGGUCUCAAGAAAACUCAAAAUCAACCCUGAUAAUAUAGCGACACCCAUCGCAGCCAGCCUUGGGGAUCUCACUACCUUGUCUCUACUGUCAGGGGUGUCCAUGCUUCUAUACCAGGCUAUAGGUACACAGGUGUGGCUUGCCCCCACCAUCAUUGCUGUGUUCCUGGUGCUGACCCCACUGUGGGUCUAUAUAUCAGUCAAAAACCACUAUACCAAUGAUGUCAUUUACUCGGGAUGGACCCCUGUACUUAGUGCUAUGGUUAUAAGCAGUGUAGGAGGUCUGAUCCUAGAUUAUACAGUUGCGAACUAUCAUGGUAUAGCUGUAUUUCAGCCUGUGAUAAACGGAGUGGGGGGUAACCUGGUAGCUGUACAGGCCAGCAGAAUCACUACCUCACUGCACAUGUCAGGAAGUAAACCCGGGAGACUCCCGUCAGGUGCCCUCAAGGGCUGCCCCAACCCAGGGGGCGCAUUUUGUGGGACAACCUUGAACUCCCGGGCUGCCCGAGUUUUAAUUGCCCUUGUGAUUCCUGGGCACCUGAUCUUCAUGUACACCAUCUCCUACAUGAAGGCAGGACACACCAGUAUUACCUGGACAUUCGCUCUCUUCUACCUCACAGCCGCUCUCCUUCAGGUCGUCAUCCUUCUGUAUGUCUGCCACUGGAUGAUUCACUUCAUAUGGAGGCUCGGGGAUGAUCCGGACAACGUGGCCAUCCCCUACCUGACCGCCAUCGGGGACCUCCUGGGCACCGCCUUCCUGGCAGUUGCCUUCCACCUGCUCUAUCUAGUUGGAGACAAAGACGCCGACCUUGGGGACUAGAUCUAUGCCGGAGUAUAACCUUGUAGACAGGAAGAUAGCUCUGUAGACAGGGAGAUAACUCUAAAUUUUUACUGACCUGCUCAAAAGCUCAAAUAGAAUGAACUACAAGGCUGGUUCUAAUUUUAUGUUUGAGGCUUUGAAUACCCAUAAGGAAACAUGGCAUUUGAUACCUCUGCAUGAAAUACAAAAAUACGACAACAGCUUGUACAUUUUGGUGCUUGGCAUAGUAAUGUUUUGUGUAGUGACAUAGUCAAAGACAGCAAGUUUUGGCUAAAUCAUGAAAAGAACUGUUGUUAAUGCAUGUAUUUAGCCAUAACGAUUUAAAAGAAACUAGCUGCUUAUCACUGUAGAUACACAGGCCAACUGAUAUGAAUUUUAUCACUGAUGUUGAUGCGUGUGCUGAAUCGUAAUCAUGAACUCGUGUCUCUUUUUGUCCAUGACAUAAAUAUUAUAUUACUAUGUGUUAUAUGAACACAGAAAAACAAUACUUGUCCAAAUUUGUUGCCACAAUUUUGAGUUUUUUUUGGAAAUUUUUUGAAAUUGCAUUGCUGGUUGAAUGAAUACUCUUUAAAUGUUGUCUAGUCAGUGUAGAGAGCUUGCAAAAAGUGCAAUAAUAUCACGAUAGGAUACUGUGGAAUCAUUUUUAUUUGUGGUGUUCAAUGUUUGUGGGUAGCUAAAAUUUUCCUAGUCUGCGGAAACGUAAAUUCAUUGGUAGUGUAAUCAGGAUCAUUUUGAUAAAUAAUAAACAAGUGAUUGUGUGUAAAUUUGCAUGGAUGUAAAUUCGUGGGCAAAGGUUACCCAUGAAAGCCACAAACAUUGGUCCUCUACGAACAAUGACUCCACAGAAAUAUUUACUCUUCUGUAUUCUGCUGGUUUACAGGUGGUUCAAAACAUACAAACAUGUACAUUUUAACUAUUGAUAUUUGCUCCCAUUAUUAUUUGAAUAUUAUGAAGGGAUAUGAGUUAUUGAGUAAACUAACUACUGUUUUUUGUAUGCAAUGUUAACAAAGUUUAUGAACAUCUCUCAGUCACAAACAUCUGUUCCCCAUUUUUUUAAAAUAUAAGUGCUUUGCAAAAAUUAUUGGUAAAUCUGUACACUAUGGACAUCUGUUUACCAAACAAAAGACAUGUAGAACCAUUGCUUUGAAAUUUGUAUAUCGUUCAAUUUAAUGAUUGAUGCCUACCAUUAUGAUUGAAAACAGACCUAGAUUUAUUGCCAAACUUCUGGUAUGUUCUUUUUAGUGUGAAUUACUGUAUGCAGGGAAAUGUUUGCCUCUGGGUUUUUUUCAAGCUCCUUUCCCCUUGUUCCGAAUUUCAAUGUCUCAACUGUGUCUGGGUAAAUUCAAGACUGGGCGAAGCCUUUUGCAAGUAUAUAAGGCCAAAACUAACACAGGGUGAAAAAACCCUGUGCACAGUAUUGCAUGGUAUUCUACACCUUUUCAGGGUCUUAAAUAGUUAAUGCUUUUAAAUUCAAUUGUUUUGCAUUUUUUUUUUACGUACACUUCCAAAAAACUGCAAACAAAUCUUUUUCGGCUAUAAAAAGUAAAGUUGUCUCAUGUUUUGCUUCCAAUAGGGAAUUCUCUAUUAUUUAGUAAUAAAAUCAUGGACAUACAUACAAUGUAUAUAAACGUUCACCCGUAGGAAUCUCGUAGUCUUCACAAAUCAGGAGCACAUAUCAUAAUGUAUAUUCAAAUUGUGUCAAAUCUUUGUUUUUGAAUUAGGUUAUUAUAAGUAUUUUUAUAUGUGUAUUUAAAAUUUUAUUGUUGGCAAAAAUUAAUUGUGGAGUUUUUUAUCAAGAAGUAAAAAAAAAAUGGAUUGAUUCGCUGAUAUUCCAAUGUAGCAUGCAUUUUACAUUAAUUUGUCCUUGCUGCAAUGGAUGCCAUUUAUUUAACAUAUUUAACAAAUGUGAUGAUUCUUGAUAAUAUUAUGAUUUUUAAUCAUACUUUAUUUGUAAUGAUUUUAAGGAUGCUUGUCCUGUGAUAUUUUGUGAGAGAAAGGUUGUUUGAUGUUGAAAGGGAUUUUUUGUGUAAUUUCUGUGUCAACAUAUCUAGAUUUGAAGAGUUUGAUAAGCCAACCUAUCUGGUUUUUUUAAUGCUCAGUAUGAUGGUCAUCAAAUGACAUGUUCUUGGCUAGAAACUCUAUUCAAAAUAAAUAACUUGGGAAUAAUGUAUCAGGAUUCUAUUUAUCGCAAUAUAUGUUUAUCAAAUUGUUUGUCUCAUUUUAAACCCUUGUUGCUCUGGUGACACAGAUGCACUAGUAUGUGGGGAUAUUGUAUUGGGAAAUGGGCUCUUGUAAUUUACUUGUCAGUGAAGUGUGAAGUCGGUCUUAUAAUUUUUAUUUUUAUCUACAUAGACAAUCCUUUGAAAUCUUAAUCUAUUUUCUAUUUUGAAAAAUGAAACCGAUUACACUAUAGAUACAUUCAUUCUUAUGAUAUCAUGUACUAAGAUUCAUUUUGUGAAACAUUAGAAUUUGACCCUCUCCUGGCAUUCCACUACUUUUGGUACAUUCCUCUCCUCUGUGUUUAUAUGGUGCUCAUAGAAGGCAGUGAUUUCAAGGAAAGUUGUCCCUAUAUACUGUAAGGUUAUUAAUAUUUUGCCAAAACCAAUAAACUUACAAACCAUU